GGUCAAAGUCGCCUGAGUCACGGGCCCCGCCCUACCAAGCCGGACACAGCCAGAGGCCCGGGAGCAGCGCAGAGGAGCGGACCAGCGGACGUGUAAGACAGGCGGAACUUUGAGUCGUAGCCAUGUUCCUGGUUAACUCGUUCUUGAAAGGCGGCGGUGGAGGGGGAGGCGGAGGCCUGGGCGGGGGCCUGGGGAAUGUACUCGGAGGCCUGAUCAGCGGGGCCGGAGGCGGCGGCGGAGGCGGUGGCGGCGGCGGCGGCGGCGGCAUCGGCGGCAUCGGCGGCGGCGGCGGCGGUGGUGGAACUGCCAUGCGCAUCCUGGGCGGGGUCAUUAGCGCCAUCAGCGAGGCGGCUGCGCAGUACAACCCAGAGCCCCCGCCCCCACGAACCCAUUACUCCAAUGUCGAGGCCAAUGAGAGUGAGGAAGUCCGGCAGUUCCGGAGGCUAUUUGCCCAGCUGGCUGGAGAGGACAUGGAGGUCAGCGCCACAGAACUCAUGAACAUUCUCAACAAGGUCGUGACCCGACACCCAGAUCUGAAGACUGAUGGUUUUGGCAUUGACACAUGUCGCAGCAUGGUGGCCGUGAUGGAUAGUGACACGACAGGAAAGCUGGGUUUUGAGGAAUUCAAGUAUUUGUGGAACAACAUCAAAAAGUGGCAGGCCAUAUACAAACAGUUUGACGUUGACCGUUCAGGGACCAUUGGCAGCAGUGAACUCCCAGGGGCCUUUGAGGCAGCAGGGUUCCACCUAAAUGAGCAUCUCUACAACAUGAUCAUCCGACGCUACUCGGACGAGGGAGGAAACAUGGAUUUUGACAACUUCAUCAGCUGCCUGGUCAGGCUAGAUGCCAUGUUCCGUGCUUUCAAAUCUCUUGACAAAGAUGGCACUGGACAAAUUCAGGUGAACAUCCAGGAGUGGCUGCAGCUGACCAUGUAUUCCUGAAUGGGAACCCCAGACCUCUCCCGUCAUCACCUCACCACCUCACCGUAGGACUCACUUUGGACUCUUCAGUCUCUCCCAGGGCUGAAUGUGUCUGCAGUCAUGUCUUCAUGGGUCCUGCUGACCCACCGGCCUUUCCGUAUUCUCUCAGCCGUUGGCACCUACCGUAGCUUCUCAGUCAACAGCCAGGCCCAACAUGUCCCAACGUGCCAUGUCCCAAGUCACCCCUGGCUCUAAGACACUCUAACACACCCUACCCCACAGGUCGCCGCACCCCCGGCACACCCAUCUCACACCCACUCCAUAACCCUUCUAGUUCAUCUGUGCCAACCCCAACACUUGUAUUGCUUCUACUCCCCAAGGGCCCUUCUCCAAGUUCUAGGAGGAUCACUCCAGUGCUAUGCACCCUGGCACACCUGUUCAGUUACCACCCAGGCAGCAGAACUCCAGGCCAUAACAGGCCCACAUGCCCCAGUGCCUUUGCCUGUGUUCUGCUCCCAGCCUGCCAAGCCCAGGAAGAAAUAAACGUACCCCAGUUGCUGCUCUUUGA